ACACGGUUUCUACCAGUUUCCUCCAGAAAGUCAACCCUUACACUUUAAAUAAAUUGGCUGAGCCACUAUUCAACAAUUACAAUUUAUAAAAUUCGAUUCUAUUUUAAUUUUUUUGCUAGGGUUGGACUUGAAAUACUAAUUUGUGUAUUUUCAAAUUUUGAUUAAAAGAACAUCAGGUAAACCAAUAACAAUGUUCAAUAAAAUUGGUAUAUUGAUUUGUAUGAUGAUGAUGCAGCAGCGUAUUGAAGUUAAUGCCUGGGGAGGUUUAUUUAAUCGUUUUACUCCAGAAAUGUUAUCUAAUCUCGGUUACGGUGGUCACUCUGGUGGAUACAGACCUUCAUACAUGCAGCGACCGCUAACAGGAAAUUAUGCCAACAACUUUGCCGAAGGUUUAGAAACUAUCGAUGAUCCCUGCGAAGAAAGGAGAUGCGUUUCCAAUGAUUAUUGUUGUCCAGCUCAGAUCUGUAUCAUUGAUCGAGAGAAUGAAGGUGUUUGUGCAUACGUAUUUGGAUUAAAACAAGGAGAAUUAUGUAGAAGAGACAGCGAUUGUGAAACAGGUCUUAUGUGUACUGAUGUAAUUGGCGCUGAUACACGAUCAUGUCAACCUCCUAUUACUUCUAAUAAACAAUACAGUGAAGAAUGUACAAUUUCAAGCGAAUGUGACAUAACCCGAGGUCUUUGCUGUCAAAUUCAACGUCGCCAUCGUCAAUCAACCCGUAAAGUUUGCUCUUACUUCAAAGAUCCUCUCGUUUGCAUCGGUCCUGUGGCAACGGAUCAAAUAAAGUCUGUAAUACAGUACACGUCCGGUGAAAAGCGAAUCACCGGUCAGAAUAAUAGAAUUCUCUACAAACGAGGAUUAUUCAUAUAAAUUUAUAAUUAUUUCCCUAACUAUUACUAACUACUAAAUACUUUAAAUGCUUCUAAAUCAAACUGAAACCCUUUGAUAUUUAUUUAUUUUU